AAGCUGUAAUGUAUUCUGCGACCAUGGCCUGAUUCUAUAUUUUGGCGGUCGUGUACUUAUUGUACGACAUUCUUGUUUUACGCCUUCAUCCUAAACAUCUUCAUAAGAAUACUCUCGGGGCUCACUUACAACAUAAUGUCUGGUUCUACUGCAAAAUCCCCGUUGUCACAGGAGAUUCUGCCAACGGAAGACAAGUAUCGCGGUGCAGUGGUCGAGGAUCUACAACUGCCUCCAGCUUUUGCUCUGCCAAAAUCUGAGCCUAUUUCACGAGCGAUCGAGCUCGCUUAUGAGCGAGAUUUCUCUCAUAUACCUGUCCUAGGAGGGAACAGGAGACCGCUUGGAUACGUCGACGUGGCAGAACUGAAGUCGAAAUGGGAGGCAGGCCAAGCGAAUCCAGAUGAUCGAGUUGAGCAAUACAUGACGAAGUUUGUCCGUUCAGCAUGCCAACCAUAUUCUUUGAUUACACCCGGCACACCAUUGGAAGAGUUGGAGAGGUUUUUGGAGAACAACAUCUUCGCUCUAGUCACAGAUUGGGAUCGUAAGUUUGUACUAGGGGUGGCCACCCGACAAGAUCUGGAGAGCUUUGUGUCUCGUCGUGGUUUCUGAUCUCUAUCUUUUCUUUCACGGGCAUCAUACUUGGGCUUAUUUACUUACACACAUUCGAGCUCUUUACCGCAAUUCUUCCGACUUCGCUUUCAACUAGUACUUAGACGAUUCACCGGCUUCAACAUGCCUUCUGUAUUGUAGUGGAGUAUCCUGACAGUACAUUCUAGUAAUGCACAUUCUGCUGAAAACAGAAAUAUG